AUGUCGAUCGCACAGCUGUCGCAGCUGUUACCGCUUCCCGACGAGGAGCUUAAACAGAUACUAGAUUACGCCUCGACUCUCUCCACAACAGAAGCUGCAGAGCAUUUUGGAAACCUCCUAGGAGACUCUCCACAGGCCAUCGAGUUUAUAUCGUCGUUUAACGCCCGACGGCAAACUUCGGCGCCUGGGAGCUCGUCGUACUCCAGCGCCGCUGCACCGCCUGAACCCGAAUCACAGAAUAUCGAGGCUGUACCCAAGACGAAACGGCAGCCAAAAAAGAAGAAGGCAAAUAUUCACACACCGCAAGCAAGACAAGUCAACGACUAUGCUGCACCUGCGGGUACAACCUACAGCAAGAAGGAUCUGAGCCUUGACUACAUCCCCCAGCGUUCGAGUGCACCCAGCAGUAACAAUGCUUCACGAUCGAACACGCCGAAACCAGACCCGAAGCCUGUCGCAAAGCCUCCACCUAAGCAGCAUGUAUCAGCCGGUUAUCUUAUAGGGGGAGGACCAUCGAAACCCAAACCUAAAUCUACGCCUGUAUCACGAAGUUCUACACCAAAGCCAGCUACAAGCACAAAGAUAUCUAUAGCUGGAGGCAUGCCGAUGGCUGGAGCUUCGACUGCCAUUUCUGAUCUCGACGCAGCUAUCAGGGCGCUGGAAAUCUCAACAAACCCUACCUUGGAGAAUUCCAAGUCUAGGAAGUGCAACUGUGUCGCUACACGACACCCUCUUCAAGGCGCUGCGCCAAAUUGCCUCUCAUGCGGCAAGGUUAUAUGCAUGAAGGAAGGUCUCGGACCUUGCACGUUCUGCGGUAGCCCUCUGUUGACGCCGGAUGACGUCCAAGCCAUGGUCCGGGAGCUGAAGGAUGAGCGAGGCCGCGAGCGAAUGGCAGCCAACCGAGACGCCAAUCGCCGUGCUGACGUUGCCAAGACCCCAGCGCCGUUUACUCAACCACGCGGCAACGACGGCGCUUCACUAAGCGACGCUGAAGCCAAGGCUCGUGCGCAUCGAGACAAGCUUCUCAAUUUCCAAGCACAAAAUGCCAGGCGAACGACAGUCCGCGAUGAGGCUGCUGACUUUGACGUUGGUGGAGCGCUUACAGGGACAGGCAGCAUGUGGGCAACUCCUGAGGAGAGAGCGAGAGAAUUGAAGCGUCAACAGAAAGUGCUUCGAGAAAUGGAGUGGAACGCGCGGCCAGACUACGAGAAGCGAAAGCAGGUUGUGAGCAUUGACGUGGUUGGUGGCAAGGUUAUUCGCAAGAUGGCAGCAGUCGAAAGACCUGUGACUCCUGAGUCCGACGAGGACCCUGUCGACAAUGGCGCACUUGGAGAGACAUCAGCGAACAAGAACAGUGGGAGAGGCGGCGGAGCCUUCAGCGGCAACCCUCUCCUGGGAGCGCUGAUCAAGCCUGUGUUUGACGCCAAGGGCAAGGGUGCGGAGGUCGAGGGAAGAGAAUCGCGAAAGAAGAAGGGAUGGCAGAGGGUCCAGCAUGAUCUGAAUAACAACGAGGAAGUGAUUUUGGAUGGAGGCGUUCAAGGGCAUGAUAGAAGUGAUGAGCCAGCUUGUGGAUGA